UCCUGGAGCAAAACCGAGUCUGAAGACUCCUCUGAGGGGUGGAGCCAGAGCGAGGAGACUGUGAGUAGCCCGCUCUCCCCGGAUGACGAGUGUCAGGAUAACAUGGAGUCGGGCAAGAUGGCGCCUCCCAAGAACGCUCCGAGAGAUGCUUUGGUGAUGGCACAGAUCCUGAAGGAUAUGGGAAUCACAGAGUAUGAACCGAGGGUCAUAAAUCAAAUGUUGGAAUUUGCUUUCCGAUAUGUGACUACAAUUCUGGAUGAUGCAAAAAUUUAUUCAAGCCAUGCUAAGAAACCUAAUGUUGAUGCAGAUGAUGUGAGACUGGCAAUCCAGUGUCGUGCUGACCAGUCUUUUACCUCUCCUCCUCCAAGAGAUUUCUUGCUGGAUAUUGCAAGACAGAAAAAUCAAACCCCUUUGCCACUAAUUAAGCCAUAUGCAGGACCCAGACUUCCACCUGAUAGAUACUGCUUAACAGCUCCAAACUACAGGCUGAAGUCCUUAAUUAAAAAGGGACCUAACCAAGGCCGACUAGUUCCACGAUUAAAUGUUGGUGCUGUCAAUAGCAGGCCUACCACUCCUACUGUAGCAACCCCACAAACAGUGUCUGUCCCAAAUAAAGUUGCAACUCCAGUGUCAAUGACAAGCCAAAGAUUUACAGUGCAGAUUCCACCUUCUCAGUCCGCACCUGUCAAACCAGUUCCUGCAGCAACUUCAGUUCCAAAUGUUCUGAUUAAUCCUUCAAUGAUUGGGCCCAAAAAUAUUCUUAUUACUACCAACAUGGUUUCAUCACAGAACACGGCCAAUGAAUCAAACCCACUGAAGAGAAAACAUGAAGAUGAUGAUGACAAUGAUACUCUGUGAAUAUAGUCUAGACUAGAUGCAAUUCAAAAGUGAAGUUGUUUUUGAGCCCAGAAUACUGAACUAGAACAUUCUGUAUCUUAAGUUUUGUCUUAGAAGAAUGUAGCUGCAAUGUUUUUCACAGUAAUUGAAACUGUUGGUGUUCUUUAAUAAGAGUACAAUUUUUAAUUAGGCACAAGUACUUGUUUCUGAAUAGUUUCAUUAAUGUGGAGGCGUACUAUGGCAAUUUUAUUUGUGAAAGCAGAUUUCCACCAUGUGUCACUGACAGCAGAACUUACAUUUGUUUCUACUGCCUGGUCAGUGGACUAAUUUUUAACAGCAUAAUUUCUAAUCCACAUUUAAAUACUACUUUCUUUUUUUGUAAAGUAAAAUAGUCACUUUUACUGUCACUAACUUUUUUGACCAAAUUUCUCAGUUUAAGGAACAUUUUUGGAUAGGGCAGAUUUAGAAGGAUUACAGAUCCAUUUUGAUUGUAUUUAAGUUGCUUCUUGGUCCUAACUUACCACCUCAACUCCCUUUCUAGAUUCCAUCCAUUCUAUACCCUUACCCUGUAAGUUUGUUUUUCCUUGUUGCUCUUAAAUUUAAAAGGCCAUAACUGGAAUUUUAAAAAUCAUUCCUGAUAAUACAGAUAAUUAUCAUUUUCAUAUUUUGAAAAUAUGCUCUGCAAGCCUGCUGGUCUGUGGUUCACUUUAACCUGAAGAUUUGCAUUUGCUUCUUGUUUUUCACUCCAGACCAGAGCAGUUGGGCUUUAUCCCUUGCCUUUAUGCCUGUUGAGCUUUACUCUGCUUUGACAGGUAGUUCUGGAUCAGUUACAUUUGUCUCACUGUUGUAUUUCAAGUUGAUAACUCCAUCAUAUUUCACGUUUCUAAAUUUAACAAAGAGAGGCUAUAAGCUUAAAAUCUGCCAUGAUAAGUAUUUACACUGGACCUAGGCAAAACCACUGAAGAGCAUUUUCUUGUUUUCUACCACAUGCAUACAUGCUUUAAUCACUACUGCUUGAACACUCCUAUUGGUAUAAUUCAGAUCAUAUUUUUAGCUUGUAGCUGAGGAUGUCACAUAUAAGGGAUCAAACCUGGAAGUAGACUCUAAUGGUUCUCCUUCCUCUGUAAUGCCAAUAAGGAAAACAAAGUAGUCUGAUGCAACUUACAUUUAGGUGCACUCUGCAUAGGUUUGCUAGUAAUGUAAUAAUCCUGCUUUCCAUUUGUACACAUCUAACAAUCUUGUUGGGAAAGAUUGCAGAGCUCUUGAACAUAGGCAGCCCUUGUUUUUGUUUAGUUUAAGUUCAAUGUAGAAAAACCUGCAAACUUCUCUGAAAUAAAAUUUUAUAACGUAAUUUAGAAUUUGUAGCUAAGGAUCCUCAAAACUUAAAUGUAAGUUUCAUCUUAGGAUGGUACUUGAUGCAUCUAAGAGAGUCUCAUCAGAGAGAAAUGUCUCAGCACAGUUUGAAUGUUUUUGGAUGUUCAGGGAAGAUGAUAUUAAACUUAACAAAUCUGAUCGACACCAUAGGAGAGAACUGUUCAUUAUGUAGCAUAGGAUGUCAUUACUUGAAUGUUCUCAGGGAGGCAGCAUGUUAGAAGGUCUAGGUUCUAGUCCUGGCUCCAUCCUUUACCAACUGUGUGACCUUACUUCACCUCUGAGCCUUGUUCUCUUCACUAGUAAUAGGAAAGUAACACCUACCCUGCCUACCUCACAGGGAUGUUGUGAGGGUAUAACUGGUGUACAUGAAAGUUCUUUCAAAGCUGUAAAAUGCUAUAUACCUAUAAGGGAUUAUUAUUAUUGUUCUAGGGUUAUUAAUAAAACUUUGAGCAAAUCA